AUGAAUAGCCUGGCCACGCCCCCCGUCCCUCCUCACUUCCAUGAACAUUCUCGUCUCUCUCCUAAUAGAGCAAUGUCUGCCUCGGGUCCCUCCCGCAAACGAAAAGCCUCCCCUUCUCCCGACCGAGAUGAUGAAAUGUCAACAUCACCGUUCCUAUCGAACGCCCGACUCCCUACUGUCUCUACACCAAGUUCACGAAAACGAGCUCGGCCAAAUCUGGUUGGGAGGCCGUUAUCAGUGGAAAGACUCCUUGAAACGCUGGACAAGGAUUCUCUAACAUCUGUGCUGAAGACUCUUUGCGAGAGACACCCAAGUCUUCGAGAUGAAGUUGUUCAAAUCAGCCCUCGACCCAGCAUUCAGAGUACUCUACAAGUAUUGCGUCAAUACUAUACACGACUGAUGGACUCUUUCCCUCUUGGGCCCAAUCCCCGUUCCGAUUAUUCCUACGAUCGUGUCCGGCCCCAAUGGCAUGAACUGCUUGAUGCCCUGACAGAUUUCACCCCUCACUUCUUGCCGCCAAACGAAAACCAGUCAUCGACGUCGCUAGAGUAUCUGAACGAUGUUACGCAAAUCAUCCAUGAUCUCCCGGAAUGGGACAAUCCCCAGCACAAUCUUGCCAAACAAAACGCCUACGAGGAGAUCUCAAAAGCAUGGGCUAGUGUCGUCAAAGAGGCCAGCAAAAGAGGCGGAGGAUACCAACUGCAGUUCAACGGCUGGGAAGAGAAACUGCGAGCGCACAAUGAGAAGAGCGGCGGCCGGCUAAGGGAAGCCUAUGAUGAGUUGAUGCAGGCGUUGGGCUGGCUCAGACAGGGUAACCAACCAUCACAACAACAACAAAGCAUCCGGCAACAACUGUUCUCCAACACUUAUGGUAUGGAGCAGCCAAUGAUUCGAACAGGCAAUUGGUAA